ACGAAUCGAAGGACGGUAGUCCACACUGAAGAAAGAUUCUUCAGAAGCCGAGACUCGAUAGCGCGUAUUCGCCGAUUUGGGAAUGAGACCGGAUUUUUAUUUCGUUUCGAAGAUUCUUCACACCCAUUUUACUGAACCGAACUGAAUUUAUCUUCUUUCAGUUUCAGCUUCCAAUUUGAAGCGGACCCAGAUUGAAUCAAUCGUCUCUUUUUCCCUCUUUCUGUGGUGGGGUUUUGCAUUUUUCCUUGUUGGUUCUUUGUUGAUGCGCGUCAAUGGCGCCCUUACGCUCGUAUCUGUCCCGUUUCUUCCCAAAUUUCCCACUUCGGAUUAGUAACUACUCUGAUGGAGACCUACCCAUGUUGUUGUUAUGCUCCUUCUUCGUCUUCUUCACCUUCUCCGUCCUCGUUUUAUCUUUUUCUCUCUACAAAAGGCUGAGGAAAAUCGAGUUCGAGCAUCAUCAGCAGCUAAUCAGUAAGCCCAGCGAGCCCGAGCGAAUUGAUAUUGGGCAUUCUUUGGCGAGCUGUGGGGAAGGAACCGACCGGCGUUCUCCGGCUUGUCUGACUCAUUCGCUUCUCUUCGAGAUCUUGCCGCCCGAUUCCCCGAAAUGGGGGAGCCUGUUCGACGAAGAGGGCCGCGAUGACCUAGAUUCGAAGGGUAGUGGAUUGAAUAGGGAGUUUGGAGAUUCUGGGCAGGAGCAAGGGGGAAAGAGGAAGAAGAAGAGGGCAAAGAAGAAGAGGGCGAAUUCGCAAGCUGAAGAUGAGACAGAUAACUGGGGCGUGGAUUCUGGUACUGGUUCGGAGCAGGAAUUGACUCUAUUGUAUCCCUUUACAUCGUCUACUAGUGUGAUUCAGAGGAAGAUUAAACAGCAGUAUGAUGAGCUUAUGAAGUGCCAGGAAUCAAAGGAAUUGACAUUGGCUCAGGUUAGACAAUUUGCAAAUUGCUUGAUCAAUGCUAGAAGCAAGCUACAGCACAAAGCUGAUGUUAUCCACCGAAAAUUCACCAUCACAAAAGCUCUGCUUUAUAAGGCAGAUAGAUCCUCCUUCGACCGUCUUCAACAGCAGAUAUACAAGCUAGAAUUGGAACAGAAAAGGCUAGAGGAGGACACCUUUGUUUAUAACUGGCUUCAACAACAGCUUAAACUCUCUCCAGCAUACAAAAAGAUGCUUGAAAUUGGUAACUGCAUGGAGAUAAUAGAAAAAUCUGAGAAGCCAACAGAAAACCCAGAUUCUGAGUUCACCGACAUGUCGUUUGAAGAAUUGUUAGCACAGGAAAAAAAGGAUUCAUUUUGGCACAGGAAUGGGAAACUGAGGUCAUGUUCAAGCUGAUGAUGCAAGUGAUAAGCUUCCUCUUCUUUUCUUGUAACAAAAGAUCAGAUUUGCAGCAUGUAAAUCCUACAAUAAAACAGUUUGUACUUGUAUUCUAGCAGGAAUUUUGUUAGUUGCCUGCUGCUUCAUGAGUUUGCUCAAGUAAAUAUUCUGUUUUUCCCACCUCUUUCUAGUUAGGAAUUUUAGGAUUUGAAUUUUGAAGUUGGUCAAUCACAUGGGAUGCUUGUAGUUGUAGUUGUAGUUGUAGUCAAUCACUGACUGUUGACUUUGAAAUGAUAAAAUUUCAAUACAUUUCCACAAUCAAGAUUCAAGAGGUUGCA